CGGGCGUGGGAGAUUUAUUUCCUCCUCCCGCUGAUUUCUAAGCAAACUUGUGGAGGGGGGAAAGGAUCCCUCAGCAGCACAGAGUCGGUUUUUUUUUUCCUGGCGUGGAUUUUUUUUUUCAAUUGCCGUCCCUGCCGGGUUGCAGCGGGCUGCCGGGGACUUCGCCCCUCGCCCUCCGGCUCUGCUUUUGUGCGUUCCCCGGCGGCCAGCGCAGCCCCCCCGGCACUGCGGCCGCCGCGGAGCCCCCCCGGCCGCGGGGCGCCCGGCUCCUGCCCUUUUCUUUCCCCCGUGCCCGCCUGCCAAGGAAAGGCACAUGUUAAUACCACCCGGCGCGGGCAUUUUCUGCUACUGCUGCUGCGGGCUCCUCCGUCCGAGACAGAUGUUGCGAAACCAAGGCCUCCUCAAGUGCCGCUGCCGCAUGCUCUUCAAUGACCUGAAGGUCUUCCUACUGCGGAGACCCCCCGCGCCGCCGCCGCCCUCCCCGCCGCCGCCGCUCCCCAUGCCCGGCGGCGCAGAGGCGGCGGCGGGGGCCGCACCGCCCGGGGGGCGCGGGCCCGGCUGGCGGGCGGCGGGCGGCGGCGGCGGCGCGGGCAGCCCGGCCGCCGAGGAGUGGGGCAGCCCCGCCGGGGAGCCGCCCGCCUCCCUGCCCAGCAGCACCUCCUCGGAUGACUUCGGCAAGGGCAAGGCCGAGGACCGCUACUCGCUGGGCAGCAGCGUCGACAGCGGCAUCCGCACCCCGCUCUGCAGGAUCUGCUUCCAGGGGCCCGAGCAGGGGGAGUUGCUGAGCCCGUGUCGAUGCGAUGGAUCUGUGAAGUGCACGCACCAGCCAUGUCUGAUCAAGUGGAUUAGCGAGAGAGGCUGCUGGAGCUGUGAGCUGUGUUACUACAAGUAUCACGUCAUUGCCAUAAGCACAAAGAACCCUCUGCAGUGGCAGGCCAUCUCUCUGACAGUCAUUGAGAAGGUUCAGAUAGCAGCAGCCAUCCUGGGUUCCCUCUUCCUCAUCGCCAGUAUCUCGUGGCUCAUCUGGUCGACCUUCAGUCCUUCAGCCAAGUGGCAGCGCCAGGACCUGCUCUUCCAGAUCUGCUAUGGAAUGUACGGCUUCAUGGACAUUGUCUGUAUAGGUCUAAUAAUACACGAAGGGCCCUCGGUUUACCGGAUUUUUAAACGGUGGCAGGCGGUCAAUCAGCAGUGGAAAGUGCUGAACUAUGACAAAACAAAGGACAUGGAGGAGCAAAAAACAGGGACCAGGACAAAUCAGCGCCCCUCCUCCCAAACCACCCACUCAUCCUCCACUGGUGGUACAGCCACUAACUCCGCUCCAGCCGACAGCGGGGCACGGGCUGCCGGCCAUGCCACAGGCACCCUCUCUGACCACCACUGUGCUUAUACCAUCCUGCAUAUACUCAGCCACCUGAGGCCUCACGAACAGAGGAGUCAGUCUAGUAGUAACAGAGAGCUCGUCAUGAGGGUCACGACGGUCUGAGCAGAGGAAUUCAGGAGGCCUUAACACGAAGUGGAGGAGACAAAGAACUCAUAAAGCAGAGGAGCAUGGUGUGCCUUUUUCUUUCUCUUUCCUUUUCUUUUUUCUUUUUUUCUUUUCUUCUUUCAGUAACUGCACAAGAUAUAAGAGGCGGCACCUGGCCAGCUAAGGAAAAAAGCAGGUGGAGGGAGAGCUGCACACUCAUGCUAAAGAGGUUAAUGUUUUCCAGCCUGUUUAAAAAAAAAAAAAAAAAAAAAAGAAAAAAAAAGAAAAAAAAUAACAACACAAAUCACAAAAAAACCAACAAAACAAGUGCAAUACAGACUACAAACUGAGUAGGCAGAGUUCUGGGGAAGCAGAGGAACAGACGGUUUAGCAUGUCUUACAAAUCCUAUUACCUGGAAUAGGUAACACUCUGUGCACAGCCCCGUACACACACGCACGCGCACACAAACACACACGUAGUGUGAGAUUUAUAAAAACAUGGAAGGGAACGAAAUAUUUGGAGUGGUUUUAUUUUCCAGACUCCAAUUAACCAGGGCUAUGAGUUGUUUUGUUUCAUGAGUCACUGGAGCCUUGUUUUAUUUACCAUGGGGUACCUGAAGUGAAAUGGCUGGGGAUUUUUCCAUAUUGAUUUACAGAAGACAGAUUGAAUCAUCUCACUAAGAAAAUCUUAACAAAAUCCAGGCAUACCCAAAUUUCACCAAGAAGCCUGUUUUUUUCAUAAUGUUCCUGACAAAGGGUUUGUGAGGGUAGAACUGGGAGGGGGGAGGGUGCUCCAUAACCUUUAUUUGACGUAUAGGCAUUUUUGGCAAAUUUUGUACAAACAUUCCGCAGGUGUCUCAAGCACAAGUACUGGUGUGAUUCAUGCCUUCAUAACCCCAAAUCCAGCAUCCAGACCUUGCCACCCACACACAUCAUUUUCCAUGCAGACAUUCCAGGUUAAUUUCCUUCCAUUUUACUCUAAUCACAAGAAGCUGACCCACCUUUGGUGGGUUUCUGCUCCCUUGCUGAUUCAGACACUCAUGCAUUAGAGAUGUACCUUUGUUUUUUUGGUGUCUGUAUCUCUGCUGCUCAAUUUGCAACAGUCUCACUCAGUCUUGUAGGCUGAUCCUUUCACAUCCAGUCUGUUAGUUUAUUACAGAGUCUAUUCCAUUCAAUCAUCCAAAAGAGUUAGUCUGAAGAGGGAGCACAGUUGCUGACUGACUGUGUAGCACUUCUAAUAAGUCUCCUUCUCUGGGAUAUAUCCUCAAAGGUAUCGGUUGCUCUUCAGGAACAUUCUCUUUCAAUGCACAAUGGCUGAAUCAUUUGUGGAUAUUAAAGGGACACUGUCAAGUACUUUUUAAAUAGUUUUUAGGGUUUGGGUUUUUUUUACUCUUCCAUUGUUUGUAAUAUUCUCUUACAAGCUUGAAAAUAAAAUUUCUUUCCCUAUCAGUUUUGUCCUUUUCCAUUUGGGCAUGUAUGGUUCUCUCCACUCACCCCAUUCCUUUCACCAUUCCCUGUCCUUCUCCUCCCCAGCUUUCUUCUGUGACAGGAGGAAAUCCAUAUUUCUGAUUUCCUGCUGACUGUCCUCAUUCUAUGGAGGGUAUGUCCCAACUCUAUGGGGUUAUUUUGCAGCUGCCACAGAGGAAGCAUAAGAGCAGGAACCCUAGAAAUAUGGAGAUUAGCUAGGAUUUUGAGGAGCAAAAGCUCAGUUGUCACAAAACAAUGACCCCAUAGUGUUCAAGCCUGAACCUAGCUCCCUCCAAAAUCAAGAUAAUGUCUUCAGCCAAACUGCAUCCAUUUAGCAGCAGUGCCAAGCAACGUUGCAAGAUGGCUGAAUGCAGCUGCCCUCCAUCAUCAUACCAGCACCUCUCACACCUUCUCUGGAGACAGUGCAAACGUGGGCUACCAGCUCCUUUGGCAGCCAGGCUGUCACAGGUCAGGUGUUUCUGGACUGGAGAAGGUGUCAAACUUCAGCCUCUGAACAUGGCAGCCAUCCUGCAGCGUUGAGGAUGGAGGUUAGCAGCUUAAAGCAAGGUCAUACUUUUCACCUCGAUUACUUGACAGUGUCCCUUUAAAUAUCAGAAUGCAACGGCACAGGUACUUACUUCUCUGGCAGAGAAUGUGGGAGGUGGAACACUGUCCGAGAAAGCCAGCUUACUGAGGACCAGUGUGAAACAGCAUGGUUUCUGAGGCCAUUGUACCUUUGUCUGACCAGAUUUACUAUCUACCAAAGAGUGCUUUUGGCAGAGGGGAGAAAAGAGA